AUGCUCUACGGCUACCUAUUUAGUUUCCGGUUGACUUUCUUUCUUCCUGUUGUCGGGAGUUGCACUCAUCAUCGCCGCAAUAGGCAAUCAAGUGGAUAUGUGAGGCUUGCUACGAUCUCUGGAGAAUUCUUUCAAAGAUUUAGUUCAUAUCUUGCUUUUCUUCCUUUGAAAGUAAUUUUCUUUCUUUCGAUUCUUUCUUUCUUUCUUUCUUUCUUCAACCAUUUCCUUUUCUUUUUCUUUCUUUUUCUACACAGCUCCUACCAUUUCUUUCUUUCUUUCUUUCUUCAACCAUUUCCUUUUCUUUUUCUUUCUUUUUCUACACAGCUUCUACCAUUUCUUUCUUUCUUUCUUUCUUUCUUUCUUUCUUUCUUUCUUUCUUUCUUUCUUUCUUUCUUUCUUACCGUUCGCUCCUAUUGCCUUUCUUUUUCUUUCUUUCUUUUUCUUACUUUUUUUCAUCUUACCGCUCCCACCAUUCCAUUCCAUUCCUUCCUUCUUUCCUUCCUUCCUUCCUUCCUUCCUUCCUUCCUUCCUUCCUUCCUUCCUUCCUUCCUUCCUUCCUUCCUUCCUUCCUUCGCUCCACUCCAACCAUUUCCUUUCCUUUUUCUUUCUUUUUUCUAUACGGCUUCUAUCAUUUUCUUUCUUUCUUUCUUUCUUUCUUUCUUUCUUUCUUUCUUUCUUUCUUUCUUUCUUUCUUUCUUUCUUUCUUUCUUUCUUUCUUCUUACCGUUCGCUCUAUUUCCUUUCUUUUUCUUUCUUUCUUUUUCCUCCUUUAUUUCACCUUACUGCUUCCACCAUUCCAUUCCUUCCUUCCUUCCUUCCUUCGCUCCACUCCUACCAUUUCCUUUCCUUUUUCUUUCUUUUUUCUACAUCGCUCCCACCAUUUUCUUUUUCUUUCUUUCUUUCUUUCUUUCUUUCUUUCUUUCUUUCUUUCUUUCUUUCUUUCUUUCUUUCUUUCUUUCUUUCACACCGUUCGCACUAUUUUCUUUCUUUUUCUUACUUUCUUGAUAUUUUUUAUUUCUUUCACUUUGCCGCUCCCACGAUUUCCUUCCUUCCUUCCUUCCUUCCUUCCUUCCUUCCUUCCUUCCUUCCUUUGAUAACCAUUAGCCACAUAACCAGACGUCACAGGGCGUCAGAUCAGGUUAGGGUGGUGGCCGUGCUAACAGUCCGCCGCAACCUAUCCAACGAUUUAGGAAACUUUGAUCAAGACAAAGCGCGAACAGUACGGGCGCCAUCCUUCUUUUUCUUUUCUAUUUAG